UUUGUUGAUCAAAUUUCGUCAUUGUCCCCUCCCAUUAUUCCGAAAAAAUAUUCAUCACCGUCUCCGCAAUAUAACGAUGACAACGAUGCGCAGGCCCUACGACAAUCAUUCUCACCGUCUUUUUUCGAUGGAGAAUGUUCGCAGAUAAAUCCUACACAGGCAACAUAUUGUGUACAAAAUCAGGAAUCUAAGCCGAAGCCUACCAGUCUACCAUCGUUCGACUGUUUAGACAAUACAGCUGAUGGAUUUGAUUCAGACAAUUUUGCACAGUACCCUCCAUGGUAUAAUAACCGGGUAAUCCAUUCACCACCAAGCAUUGCUGUUGAUGAAAACGACGGUCCAACGCGUUUCAACAAAUCACCAUCUAUUCUAGACAGCAAGCCCACGAAAAAGCGGAGUGCAAAACGGAAACUGUUUUUUGAAUAAUAUUGUUUAUUAAUGAUUUAUGUAAAAUAAAAACAAGCGUGAUACUUAAAAACUUUUUUUUUUUAUUUAUUAGAAUAAGUUUUUACAUAAGUGUACGAGGUAUAAAAUAUUUACAAGGUCUAAAAUUAUAUACAAGGGUUACAAUUUUCUAACAUCACCGCUAAACGGGUUAUAAGUUAUAAUCUGAUCAUGUAGUAUUAAACAAUAAGCUGCAGUCUUCUCAGGAAUAACUGUAUCCGUUUCAAAUUCUAUUCGUAGGUCUAUGGUCGAUGAUUUAACGUUAUCAUUCUGAUGCGAUAAAUCGACAACGACGAUUGGAACAUAUGUUUGAAAAACAUUUUUUGAUAACAAUGGUUCACAAUAAUCUCUCUCGUAGUAUGAUUUUUGAAAGUCUGUAUAAGCCUUAUACAGUAAGCUGGUGGUAUUUUUUUUAAAAUCGGCUCGAAAGUCUUCAUAUGGAAACACUUCAGAAUUUAAGUGUACCUUAAGAUUUUUUAGUUGGCAGUGAUCGAAGCGCCCAGCGUCGAAUCCUAUAUUUUUUUUUCGAUCUGUUUGUAAUCCAAACAAAAUAAAUCUAGGUUUUUCAAGCAAGCUGCUAGACUUUAUCGUCCACGAAUGUGAAGUAUUUCUAGGUAGUACAGGAUAUUCACAUAGAUCCCAGGUUCUGAACGCACAUGAUAACGUUUUGCUCGAAUCCAAUACUUUCAGCAGUUUUAAUUUUUCUUUAUCGGUGACUUUGAUUAUAAGCAUCUUCCACGCCACCUUAGUCAGUUCAAUAGUAAUUUUUUUAUUUUGCUCAACGUGUUCAGUAGCUCCAGC